GGGAUGCCUCCCCGCCCACCUGCUUCCUGCGCUGACGGGCCGCGGCCCCAGAGUCCCACUCUGCACGUGGUGUCGCCGCUAUCGCCGCGCUCGCCCGGACCCCGCGCCUGCAGCUAUGGCUCCCGGCCAGCUCGCCCUCUUUAGUGUCUCUGACAAAACUGGCCUUGUGGAAUUUGCCAGAAAUCUAACGUCUUUGGGUUUGAAUCUGGUCGCUUCCGGAGGAACUGCUAAAGCUCUCAGAGAUGCUGGCCUGGCAGUCAGAGACGUCUCCGAGCUAACAGGAUUUCCUGAAAUGUUAGGGGGUCGUGUGAAAACCUUGCAUCCUGCAGUCCAUGCUGGAAUCCUGGCUCGUAAUAUCCCAGAAGAUAAUGCUGACAUGGCCAAGCUUGAUUUCAAUCUUAUAAGAGUCGUUGCCUGUAAUCUCUAUCCCUUUGUGAAGACAGUGGCCUCUCCAGACGUGACUGUUGAGAACGCUGUGGAGCAAAUUGAUAUUGGUGGAGUAACAUUGCUGAGAGCUGCAGCCAAAAACCACUCUCGGGUGACAGUGGUGUGUGAGCCAGAAGACUAUGCAGCGGUGUCCACAGAGAUGCAGAGCUCUGACAGUAAGGACACCUCCUUGGAGACCCGACGCCAGUUAGCCUUGAAGGCAUUCACUCACACGGCACAGUAUGAUGAAGCCAUUUCAGAUUACUUCAGGAAACAGUACAGUAAAGGAGUCUCUCAGAUGCCCUUGAGAUAUGGUAUGAACCCUCAUCAGACCCCCGCCCAGCUGUACACGCUGAAGCCCAGGCUUCCCAUCACAGUUCUCAAUGGAGCGCCUGGGUUCAUCAAUUUGUGUGAUGCCUUGAACGCCUGGCAGCUGGUGAAGGAACUCAGAGAGGCUUUAAACCUCCCUGCCGCAGCCUCUUUCAAACACGUCAGCCCUGCAGGUGCUGCUGUUGGAAUCCCACUCAGUGAAGAUGAGGCCAGAGUCUGCAUGGUCUAUGACCUCUACAAUACCCUCACACCCAUAUCGAUGGCAUACGCAAGAGCAAGAGGGGCUGACAGAAUGUCUUCAUUUGGUGAUUUUAUUGCAUUAUCUGAUAUUUGUGAUGUCCCAACUGCAAAAAUUAUCUCCAGAGAGGUGUCUGAUGGUAUUAUUGCCCCAGGAUAUGAAGAAGAAGCCUUGAAAAUACUUUCUAAAAAGAAAAACGGAAAUUACUGUGUUCUUCAGAUGGACCAGUCUUACAAACCAGAUGAAAAUGAAGUUCGAACUCUCUUUGGUCUUCAUUUAAGCCAGAAGAGAAAUAAUGGUGUCAUCGACAAGUCAUUAUUUAGCAAUGUGGCUACCAAGAAUAAAGAUUUGUCAGAAUCUGCCCUCAGAGACCUCAUUGUUGCCACCAUUGCUGUCAAAUAUACUCAGUCCAACUCCGUGUGCUAUGCCAAGAACGGGCAGGUUAUUGGCAUUGGAGCAGGACAGCAGUCUCGGAUACACUGUACACGCCUUGCAGGAGAUAAGGCAAACUGUUGGUGGCUUAGACACCACCCACAGGUGCUGUCAAUGAAGUUUAAAACAGGAGUGAAGAGAGCAGAAGUCUCCAAUGCCAUUGAUCAGUAUGUGACUGGCACCAUUGGUGAGGAUGAAGAUUUGGUGAAGUGGAAGGCACUGUUUGAGGAAGUCCCUGGAUUACUCACUGAGGCAGAGAAGAGGGAAUGGGUUGACAAAUUAAAUGAGGUUGCCCUCAGCUCCGAUGCCUUCUUUCCCUUCCGGGAUAAUGUUGACAGAGCUAAAAGGAGCGGAGUGGCCUACAUUGCAGCUCCUUCUGGUUCCACUGCUGACAAGGUUGUGAUUGAGGCUUGCGACGAGUUGGGAAUAGUCCUGGCUCAUACGGAUCUUCGGCUGUUCCACCACUAAUGUUAUCACCUGUAAAGCUUUUUGGUUUGCUUAUGUGUAGAUGAACAAUCAUGUGCGAAAUUUUGAAAGUACCUUAUAAAAAAAUAAAACAUGACAUAAUAAUUGGAUCCAUAGUUUUAGGUAGUUGCAUUUUAUUUGCAACUUAGCCUCUUACCCUGAAAUGUGUCAAGGUCUGUGUGAGGAACACAAGAGCACCUCUCCCUUAUGGAGCUCCACUGCCCCCACCGUACUCCGUGUGGGAAACCUGGAAACCUGCAAGGACACUGGAGAAGCUGAUCGCCAGAGGAUGGCCUAAGCCUUGGGCUCCGGAGUUCCCUCAUACGCUUUCCUCUCAAGCAGGUUUCUUUUCAAAGUGCUUCUAAGAAGCUUGGUUGUCUGCUUUCUAACAAACAGCAGAUUAUCCCCUGGGAACUGAAACCUUAGUGGAUUAGUGAGUCAUGUCGACCCCUCUGUGGAUAAUGCUAAUGCGUGCUUUCUUCUCUGUUAGUGAAAUGUUGCCCAUGACUUCAGCAGCCCGAGAUCACCUCUCUGGAACUGCAUAAAUAAACAUAAUCCGGACUUGGGGUGUAGUUUGAUGAUAGAAUAUGUGCUUAGCAUCAUGAGGCCCUGCAUUCUUUCCUUACCACUAAAAAACCCAGCAGAGAACCAAAAGAAAGUCAUCUGUGUGGACUCAAUAUCCCACCUAAGCCCUUUCAAUGAAAGUGAGCACAGUGCAUCAGGAAGAUGUGACUGCGCCUCCGUGUGCCCUGCACAUGCGGUCCUUGCAGCACACCUGGGUUAUAUCUCUAGUCACCUCAAGCCUUUUGCCACUGUUCAGCUCAGUAGAUGAGUCCUGACCUCUUUCUGUGACUUCAGUAUAGUCCCUCCCUAAAUAAAAGCUUUUGAAUUUUUUUAAAGUU